AUGAAUUACUUCAAAGCCUUACGCGAGGCAAGCAAUCACGCCCAUUCACAGGCUCGCCCUAGGUCGUGCGAUGGCCCUUUCCGCUUCCUCGACCUCCCUCCAGAGCUUCGAAAUCACAUCUACAGCUUCGCAGUCACGGACACUCAAGAUGCGAUCAAGUUUAAACCACGCUCUAGACCUCUUCCACUCUACAUGAGGCGCACCGAUCCAAAAUGGAAUCGUCAAACUCGAUGCUUCCUCGGCCUCACACGAGUGUGUAAAGAGAUCCGGAAGGAGUUCCUGCCGCUUCAUCUUACUGAUCACACGAUCGAGCUUGCCGGGAAGGAUCUGGAUCGCUACCUGGCGCUCGUGGUGUCAAGGAUCGAUGGCCCACACUCACAGGCUGUCGGGGAUCUUGUGGUCAAACUUAGACCAAUGGAUCAAGAUGACUUCCUCCCUGACCCCGAAUCAGGCUUGGACCUGUUCCCUCUCCUAGAGCUUUGCACAGCAGCACCACAUUUCAAAGCAAGGCUUUGCAAGAGUUCUUCUGAUACACUUAAGCUCCCAGAAAUUGUUCCGCUUGCUUGGACCGCUACCUGGAAACAAAUGGCUGACAUCCGACUCACCGCACUUACCUAUGACGCGGAUGCAUGGCACGUAAUCUGUGAAAAUGUGGAUAUCGUAGUGAAGCUGCAGUACCGCGAGGAAUGGUAUAUAGAGUGUCAGAGAUUCGAGGAGGUGGACGAUACGGAGCAAGACAUACAGAGGUGGAUGACUGCUGUGGGGUUGGAUUUGGGUCACGAAGACCUAUUGGUCGAAUCUUCAUCCUCCGAUCGUUCAACAAUCACAUCGACAGAUUCGGACCGGGCCCUACUCAACUCGACUGGCAUGAGUUCCUUUCAGUCUAUGCCCGAAGCGCAAGACCAUGCUUCACCGCCACUGGUUCCGGACAAGCCGCGCUGCGCCCUUUUCCGCUUCCUCGACCUUCCUGCAGAUCCGGAAUGGAAGAACCAAAAACGAUGCGCCCUUGGUCUCACCCAGGUCUGCCGGAAGAUCCGCAACGAAGUUCUCCCUCUCCAUAUAUCCAGUCACACUGUCGCAAUUCAUCCGAAGCAACUCACUCGAUAUGUGGAGUAUUUGUUGUUGGGACCAACAGACGUCAUUGGCACCAUGGUACUCAGGACAUACCUCAUGGACAGAUACACACGAACCGUGAAUAUACUUCCUUUGGUUGAGCUUUGCACAUCAGCACCACGCUUCAAGGCAAUUAUCGGGAGUAGCGAGAUCUUGCCUUUGACCUGGAACGCCACAUGUUUGGAGUGGAUUGAGUUCACACCUGUUGAGCUUCAACUUGAGCACAACACGGUAGAGCUUUUUGCACAUAUCGCUGUUAAAAAGGGGGCCCCCAAGGAAUACAAGGAUAAAGACAUCAAGAUUAAUUUGGCGUAUGCCCUCGCAAAAGAUCUCAGAAGGUGGAUGGAUCGAGUAGGAUUGGAUCUGCACUCGGCAAGGGUGACUGUGGAUAGCGAAUCUGACCAUGGCCAUCUGCGGUUCUAG